GGUGUGUGAAGGCUGGAUGUUCCCCACAUGUUCCUGUUGUUGUGAACGAGUCCAACCCAGAGUUCAUGUCUGAAAUUGGCUUCGGUCUGAUUCUGGUUUUCCUAAUAAACCAGUUAGACCCUGUUGGUAUCGGUCCUGAGUGAUGGGAUCUCAGAACGUCAGAGUUCAGGUCUGAAAACACCUGAGUGUGUCUUAACAUCAGAUCACUCAGGUGUUCUGGGACACGUGGCCACAUUCAUUUUAACUUCAGGUGUGAACAAACAAACUCAGCGCUGUGUGAUCUGACCCCAGGUCUGAGCAAGGCCCGAGUUAAUGUUCUGUAUAAACUGUGAAGGACACACACACACACACACACAUUCCUGCAAACAGAGCACAUAAAGAAACACUCCCUGAACACACUGACACUCUGUACUCUGACCAGCCUUAUCAGAGAGAGAGGGAGAGAGAGAGAGGGAGAGAGAGGGAGAGAGAGAGAGGUGGGGGGGAGGGAGAGCGAGAGAGAGAGAGACGGAGAGAGAGAUCAUGAGAGAGGGAGCGAAAGUAAGAAAUUAAAAAAGUAAUAACGAAGGGCGAGAGAUAUAUCCUGAGAAAGAGGAGAGAGAGAAACCACCUGGAUAUGUCAGCUGAUCACACACAGCAACAGGAAGUGACAGAGAGAAACUAGCGAGCGAGCGGCUGAUACUGAUGUGUUACUACUCGGCCGUCAUGUCUAAAGCGACGGUGAAGAAGCUGCACUGGCGCUCCAAGGUGCAGGAGAGCUUUGUCCCUCUGGGCGGCGGCUCAGGAGAGCUCGGUCUGGCCAUCGGGGGCGGGGCCGACUACGGCGAGUUCCCCUUUGUCACGGCAGCACCUGGGGGCGGGGCCACUGUGGGGGACAUCAUCCUAGAGAUCGGGGGGACGCCUGUACUAGGGAUGACCCUCGGUGAUGUCAGAGGAGUCCUCAACUCCUGUCCCCAUCCAAUCAGAAUCAAGACCGUGUCACCAGGUUCUUCGCUCUGUAAAGACCUCAGGUUGUAUCUCAGCAAGUGUUUCACUCCAGGAUCCAUGGACAGUCAACUACAGCAGCUGAUCAGAGAGAACCUGUACCUGAGAGCUGUACCCUGUACGACCAGGCCUCCUCGGGACGGGGAGAUCUCGGGGGUGGACUACAACUUUGUGUCCAUCGAGGAGUUCUUCUCUCUGGAGGAGUCUGGAGCUCUGCUGGAGAGCGGGAAGUUCAAAGGGAACUACUACGGGACGCCCCGACCCGUCCACAUCGGCCCGGAGAGUCCACCAAUCACGUACCAGGAGCAUCGGAACCUGCUGAGGAACUUCAGGACGAGGAGCAAGUCUCUGAGUAACCUGGAGAAAGCUGUGGAGGAGGGCAGCCGCAGACCCUCAGCGAGCCCUCCAACCCCCCCACCCUGAGCAGAGGCCCAACACAUCUCACCUACAGCUGCACGCUGGAUUCCAACGGCAGCACGCCAGCAAUGGGUAAAACCCCGCCCUCCUAUCCUGCUCAGCCAAUGACAAAUGGGCUGACAGGCCCGCCUACUCCCAUUGCCUCUGAUCCACCACUGGGUCCGCCGCCUCCAGACAGGACAGCAGCCAAUCACAGUGACUCUGAUGGCGGCUUGUCCAACGCUGGAACUCGAAGGUCUUCCCUGAUUCGCUACCACAGCAGCACCCUCCCCACGCUCUCCUCCUCCUCCCUCCUCCACCAUCAGAGCUCCAAGUCGUCAGAGAGUGACCUGUCCACGUCCACACUCCCCAUCUCCUCCUCCACCCUCCCCACCAUGUCCUCGUCCUCCAACACUCUUUCACAACUUCCCCUCUCUCAGCCUGAGACCGCCCUCCGCCAGAACUCCACCAGCCCCACCAGCACUAACAACCCCCCCUCCUCCUGCACACCACCGGGGGCUCCAGUGCAGCGUUCGCCAAUGCCCCAGACCUCCAUCGCCCUGACGCCACCCAGAGACAUCCCACCCUGUGGCUUUAACGGGUGUCCGGCCAGUCACCAAGCGCCGCCCCACCCCUCCAGAGGAACCUCAGGGCUGGCGCUCCCUCUCGGGGCAGCGCCACCAACGUCGGCUUCCGGUGGGCAGCUUGUGCCGGUGGCCCUGGACGCACUGAAGGUGGGGGGGCUGGGGUUCAGUGUGACAGCAGGGGGCCAAGGGGGUCAGCUGGCAGUAGUAAGACGUGUCUGGGACCGACGGCAGUGUCCCUCUCUGCAGACAGGAGACGCUAUCGUGAAGAUCAACGGAGCGGACGUACAGAGCUUCAGCUUCUCACAGGUGCAGAGAAUCCUGCAGGAACACACCAAGCAGGGGGAGGUGGUGCUGCUGGUCUACAGAGGAGGUCCCGCCUCCUCUCCAGUCGUCACCCCAAACCUCUACAAGCCCUUCCCCUCCCCUCAUGGCCUCACCACCACCUCUUCAGCUGAAUUGCCUUCACCGUCCAAGGGUGCCUUGGUGGGGGGGGUCCCCCCACUCAGCCAGGCUGGCUUGGUCCUCGAGAGUCCCCAGGAGAACCACCUACCAGCCCCAGGGACCACCAAAGGUGCUCCUCCUCCCCAGACGCCAAACGGACCCACAACCUCGGCCCUCAUCCAGAGCACCAGUUUCCUGGACUCGGUUCCUGUGACACUGAACUUGGAGCCACGUGAUUUGCCGGGAGUUCAGGAGAGCGCCGGCGGGCCUCCUCCAAACAGAGGGGCAGGAGCACUGGGAGCAAUCGCCAAGGACGGGAGAGCGGGGGUGAAGACGAUGGAGGUGGAGCUGAGGAGGGGCCCGAGCGAAGGCUUUGGAUUUGUCAUUGCCUCUCAGGAAGUGACCAAUGGGGCCCCCAACCUGAUGUCUCACCGCUUCGUGACGGUGCGUCGUGGCAGCCCGGCGGCACGCAGCGGUCAGAUUCAGCCCGGAGAUCAGCUGGAGGCGGUGGAGACUCGACCGGUCGCUGGUCUGCAACAUCGAGACCUCGCCCAGAUCCUGAGGAGAGCGGGGAACACGCUGAGACUGAGCAUCACGCCACGACACCAGUCGUCCCCUCCGUCAGAGGGAGCAAACUUGGACAUUGACGGACGAAUUAUAAAAGGAUCCAGAGGGAGGUCAAAGGAUGCGUCUCAGUUCUACAGCGUGGAUCUGGAACGAGGUCCAACAGGAUUCGGUUUCUCUCUGAGGGGGGGCAGUGAGUACAACAUGGGACUGUAUGUGCUGGGACUGAUGGAGGGGGGGCCGGCCCAGCGCAGCAACAAGAUACAGGUCUCUGAUCAGCUGGUGGAGAUAAACGGGGACAGCACCUCAGGUAUGACUCACAGUCAGGCCGUGGAGCAGAUCAGACGAGGAGGACAUCGGAUCCAUCUCAUCCUGAAGACAGGAAACGGAUACGUUCCUGAUUACGGCCCUGAUGAAGGAGCCCUCUCCCCCUCCUCCUUCUCCUCACCCACAGAGGAGCUGGAUGUAGAUACAAUAAACAUGACAACCGCCUCCCUCAGCCAGCAGAGGGGAGGAGCAGGUGCUACAGGAGGAGGAGACGGAGGAGGAGAGAGGAGGAGGAAGAGGAGCGAGGGAGAAACCAAACGUAGAACAAGAGGAGGUGGAGGAGGAGGAGGGCUAGGGCCUCCUGAUCUGGACCUGGACCUGGUUGAAGAGGAGGCACGGGUGGAGGAGAGGAAUAAGAAAGAGGAGGAGGAGGAAAGAGAGGAGAGGAGGAGAAAGAGGGAGGAAUUAGAGGAGAGGAGGAAAAAGAGGGAGAGAGAGGAGGAGAUGAGGAGAAGGAAGGAGGAAGAUAUGAAGAGAAGGAGGGAGGAAGAGGAAGAGAUGAGGAGAAGGAAGGAGGAUGAGAUGAGAAGAAGGAAGGAGGAAGAGGAGGGGAGGAGGAGGAGAAAGAGGGAGGAAGAGGAGGAGAUUAGGAGAAGGAGGGAGGAAGAGAUGAAGAGGAAGAGGGAGGUAGAGGAGGAGAUGAUUAGAAGGAGAAGGAGUCAGACUGUCAGGCAGAAGAAGCGAGACGACCAGAGGGAGCAGGGGAGGAGGAGCCGGAGUUUACCCAGGGACAGGGCUCAGUCCUUGACCUCGUGGCCCCCAGAGGGGGGGGUGGAGGUGACGAGGUCUGGAGAAGGAGCGAGGGAGAGGAAGAGGAGGGAGAGAGAGGAGGAGCAGGAGGACAGGGAGGAGAAAGAUGACAGCAUCACCCGCCAUGCAAAGCAUUCUGGGAACUCAGGUGCAGCUCAACGAGCGUCGUUUUCCUUUCUCAUGCCGAUGGACGACCACGAGUUCCAGCGUCGUUCUGACAGCGAAUCAGCCGGCAGCUUCUCAGAGGUCAGCCAAUCAGCAGCCAGCAUCGCCACGGCGGGACGGAGGGAGCCUUCUGUUUGGACGAGAGACGAGUUGUCGUGGCAACAGGGGGACACCCCGGGCCCCUGGCUGAAGCCCAGCCCCAAAAAACUGACACAGGUUCUGACUGGCAGUCGGCUCCGGAGGCGGGAACUAGCGCACGGGCUGUCUCUCUGAUUGGCCAGCAGGGAAGACGAGCUCUUUUCUUCUCUUUUUUGUAUUGGCUACUUAUAAGGGCUUUCUUUGAUUGGCAUGCUGAGAGCAACCCCACCUCUCCCUGCGUCCUAUUGGACGAUAACAGACAACUCUUAAUCUGAUUGGAAGAUGUGACCAGGACUUUCUUUCCCAUUGGCUCGGUGGGUUUUGAGGCGUCCGAUUGGCCAGUGACAUGACGGCUGCAUACAGAGCCACCAGAUUGACUUUACCCAUCAUCCCUCAGGGCGUCCUGAGACCUGCUGUCAGCUGUCUGUGGGAUUCACUGAUGAGGAGACGUUCAAAUAAGAAAAAAUCUGAUUAAUAUAAAAACUCCAAAUUUAUUCAAAGAAGUUUGAUAGAUUUUGACUUUUUUAGUCGAGACGCUUCAGGUAAAACACGUCAGAGACAAAUAUUAAACGUUGGUGAUGAUCUGGAGACGUUUGAUGUUGAAUCAGUUUAAAAUUCACCUGAAGAGUUGAACGUGACAGAAACAGACGUGAUGACAUCACAGACGUGAUGACAUCACAGACCAGCUGCCGCUCACCGCUCUGACCUGAGGUCACGCAGCUGGUUUCAUCAUCGACCAAUCACCUCAAAGACCCCAACAUCAUCACCUGACACCUCCACACGUCCCCACCUCUCAAGACUGACCACGCCCCAAGAGGUGAAGAAGCUUAUACUCCGCCCAUUCUCUCACCUGCACACAGCCGACCAAUCACAGUCAUCUUCUGUGGUGUUCAAUGUUUAUCACCGUCCUGGUUCUCAUGAGGAUCAGUGAGAUGCCAAAAGAGACAGACCGAGCUGAACAGGCUCCUGGUGCACUCAUCUUCAUCAUCCUCUUCAUCCUCUUCAUCCUCAUCCUCAUCUUCGUCAGUCUAACUUUUGAAUCGUAUGCAAACACCUGAACCUGUGGGUCUCGUUGUCUUGGAGACCAAACAGCUGAUCUGAGCAUGUGAAAAUCACUGGAAUGAUUUUUUUAUUUUUAUAAAGUUCAACAUGUAAAGACUCAAUAUUAUUAUUAUUAUUAUUAUUAUUAUUAGAGAUGAAAUAGAACAGAGUUGCUCUGAUUUGCCUGCUUGCUUGUAAAAUAGAAGAAACCUUUAUUGUAAUGAUGUAACAGAGCCAUACACACACACACACACACACACACACACACACACAGACACACACAGAUGUCAGGUCCAGCUGCGGUCCUGUUGGCUUUUAAUAAACAUAACAUCGCCAUGGCAACACGGUCAUCAGGAUGGGGGACCUGUUUCUCCGGCAACAGCCACGGUGGAGGAGGAGACAACAUGGCCGACGACCUGCAGCUCUGGAUCAUAACAAGUGCCUCAUUUGGUUUCAUCAUAUAAAGUGUCCCCCCCCCCCCCCCCCCCCCCAAUCCCCCGUGUCCUCACUGGUUUUAUAUCUGAGACGAUGCGUCCCCGUCUCUGCUUCAUUAUUCUCAUCAUUAUAUUUAUUCCUCAUUUUAUCAACUGAUUCACGUUUGAGACUAAAUCUUCAUUUUUUUUUAUCUCUUUGUGCUGCAGCUGAUGAAUCUGUUCAUCUUCAGCAGAUGAGUCAAUAAUAAUCAAUAAAUACAAAUCACUCAUUAGUUUUAGUGUUUUGUAUGAGAGACACAUGACGUAACAGUCACAUCCUGUUGACUCGUCUUUAAUCUGAGGAAAAAUUAUGUUUCCAACGAUUUUUGUUUCGACAGAAAAAACCUCAUCGAUCAGUUUCUUCUCUGUUUCUGUUUUCAGAUUAAAAAAACACAUUGUUCUCUUCAUUCAGCAGACUUUUAUUCUGAAGGUUUUAUCCUGUAUCAUUCAUAGGUUGUGUCGUCUUCUUUGUAAAGCUUGAUUCUUUUUGUGUUAACAUCUUGACUUUGUGUUCUCGCCACUUCGUGAUUAUCUCACUGGAGCCCAAUGAAUCCUGGGAUAUGUAGUCCCGAGCAGGACUUAUAGAAACAUUUGAUCCAGAAAAACACGAAGAACAUGAUUUUCAUUCUGAUUCAUAAAGAGAUAAAAACAUAGAAUCUUGUUUGAUCAGAUUUAAUUUGUCUCAUUAACGUCUCGUUCUCAUAUCCAAACGUUUAAUGAUCGAUGUCAAACUGAGAAGUUUCAUGUUUCAAUUUUCACUUUGAAUACAAAGUUGUUCACUUCCUGUUGAACUUCCUGUUGAACUUCCUGUUCACGUGACGCCUCAUUAACACAGAUGCAUGAACCUGCUCCCAUGGUAACUGGAGUCAUGUGACAGACUCUGGUUGUGUUGUUAUGUAGAAUGUUCAUUUUCUAAAUAAUUAUCUUUGAUCAA